AGCGGUCCAUCCGAAGCCCCAUAGGCCCGCUCCUUAUUUGCAUAUUGCACUGCGCAUGGCAAGGUGCAGGCACAGCAGGCGUGCCAAAUGCUGGGGUGCAGGCAUCGCCUGUGCAUCUUGGCUUUCGCGCAGCCGUCGCGGGCCUUGGGCUUUGUCGACGCAAUCCCUGCACCUCGAGGGUCGGCGACGCAGAGGCCUGCGAGGAGGAGUGGGAGGACGAUGUUGUGCCCGAUGCGCCCGCCUACUGGAGCAAUCGACCACGCAGGUCGAACUCGAUGGCCAAGUAUCACUACGACCAGAUGGUGUAUGUGUCGAAGGACAAGCACGCGGUGCUGGACGAGAUGCUGGCGAAUACCUACCACCCGAAAGUGACCCAGGACCGUCCGUGCCCUUCGGGGCAGCACGGCCGGGUGAGGGGUGGCUGUCCCUGUGUCCAGCCCGGCGCGCUGCCCGGCCUCCCCAUUAGCUACCGCGUGAAGAGGGUCAUCCGCGUGGAGGAUUCCAAAAUGUGGCAGCGAUAUCCACAGAGGGAGACCAUCCGAGCUGGCCGUGAUGGGGAGACGUUGCCCGAGUUCGACCCCCCCGUCUCUAGCGACGCCGUGGCGAGGCAGCACGGCAACGUUUUUCAUGACCUGGACAAGGCGGGUCUGAACGAGGUGUACCUGUGGCACGGCACGUCUGUUCGGGCCGCCCUGAACAUUGCCCAGGACGACUUCAACAUGGACUUCGCUGGUUCUAGCCGCGGCACAAUGUAUGGGCCCGGUGUCUACCUGGCAGAGUCGUGCACGAAGGCAGACGAAUAUGCGAGGGAUGAGCCGGGUGGCUACUACGAGGGCGUCUUCGCGAUGCUCCUCUGCCGCGUGUGCAUGGGGAAGUUCAAUUACACUUUGGAAAGAGACGAGACCGCUGGGGAAAAGUGCCUCACCGGGGAGUAUGACAGCACUUUGGGCGACCGGUUGAAGAGUGUAGGCACCUUCCGCGAAUUUGUGGUGUACAACAGCGACCAGCUAUAUCCCGAGUACAUCAUCAUGUACGAGAGGGUCCUCUCCAGUGAUCUGCCCGCCGAUGUAGAGGAGCGCGCGAACACAGCUUUCCACACGCAGCUCCCAGCUUACUGGUCGAGCUGCCACUUGAACCCCCUGACGACCCAGUUUAAUCUGCACGUGUACGUCCGCUUCAGGACCCUGCGCCUGCUGCAGAAGCUGGUGGCGCGGACCGUGGACGGAAGGCCGCCCAGGGUGGUCAAGGCGCGGCGCGUCGAGAACUCCGUGGUCUGGAAUAGCUACGUCUCCUACAAGCGGAAGCUCGCCGACCGGCUGACGACCCUGUCCACGCCCGACACCCCGACGCCCAGUUUCACGGAGGCGUGCGAGCUGGACGGGGACCGCAGCGCCGGCGGCGUGCACACGGACCUGCUCCUGCAGGAGCUCCACUCGGAGGACUGCGUUUCCUUUGACAACAUCGAGAGCAGGCUUAACGAGCACAUGCUGUGGCACGUCACAGACAGGGCGGGUGCGGAGGAGAUCGUCAAGAACGAUUUCAAGAUCGAGGGUGGAAACUGGUUCAGGUUCAAGAGGGAGCAUCCGCGGUUCGGAAAGGGCGCCUAUUUUGCAGAGCACCUCGACCUGGAGCAGGCAUCUGAGGAGGACGGCAUCCGUUAUGUGCUCUUCUGCCGUGUAGCCUGUGGAGACUAUUACUACACAGAGCAGGACACAGAGACAGACGCCCACAAGAGUUGCCGGGCGGCCGGCAAGGACUCUAUACUGGCCAACCCGUGUGGACAAGGACCGCGCCAGUUCGUGGUUCUUGGGAACGAGGGCGUGUACCCCGAGUUUGUCCUCGAACUGAACUGCAACGAGGAGCCGGAUCCCAGAACGCUCGAGGAGUCGGACGACGAUGUCGCGGAGGUUGCGGAGGUCGAGGCUCCAGCUUGCGAGCUUCUUCAGCAGUGUAGCAUCUCAUGAGCCGAGUGACUGGCUGGUCUGCUGCCCCGCCCCGCUGCUUCGCCCCCCUGGCCCCCCCCUCUUCGGAUUUGCCUCCCACCCCCCCCCUCUCCUCCUGCCCCAGGGCGGCUGGUCCAGCGGGGGGGGGGCAUGGCCCCAGGUCCCCCGCGGGGGCGCCGAGGGCCCUCAGGGCCUCUCGCGCGCCGCGGUCUGCGCCGGGGCGGCGGCCCCUCUCCGGACCGGGACCUCCGACCUCGUGCUGCUCUCGCAGCGGGCAUGGCCCCUGCUGCUGGGACGCAGCUCCUGGGAGGUGAAGUCCUGUCUCGGCGCUGGAAUUCUCGCGGUCGAUCACCGGCUCAUCAUCUGGGUGAAUCCGGCUCCAUCCAGCUGACUCUGGCGUACGCCCGGGCCGACUGGCUUCAUCCCGCUCAAUCCGGCUGACUCUGGCUCAA